CCGCAGCCUCCCGCGGGGAAGCGCCGGGGUUGCUCUCCAGGCUCCGGCGCUCCAGAACUGCGAGCAAGCAGCCCCGCCAGGCAGCCGGUGCGCACGGUCCCGAGCGCACAGGGCGAGAGCGUGCAAGCCAGGGAGAGGGUCCUCUUGCCCACGAUCGAGCCAUCGCGCCGCGGGAUCAGCCCGAGGGCCAGCAGGGACCACCGCCCCCGACUUUGCGUUCCAGUUGCGGGUCCUCCCGGGACAACAUGUCAAGAGCUGCUGCCGCUACAGCUACAGCUGCCGCCGCCACCUGGGAAAGAGCAGCAGCAGCAGUGGCUACUGCGACCGCGGGUACGCGGGGGCAAUAAGCUGAGCCACUCGGGCGUCCAGCAGGCUGGGGCGACCCCCCAAGUGCCUGGGGGACUCUCUUUGCGCUCACUGCUUGGGCGGGACCAAGCCAUGUGCUGAGCCAUGCCCCUGGCCGGGCCCGCGGGCCGCGCAUGGGGCAGCGCCUGAGCGGCGGCCGAUCCUGCCUCAAUGUCCCCGGCCGGCUCCUGCCGCAGCCGCAGCCGCCCCCGCCGCCGGUGAGGAGGAAGCUGGCGCUCCUCUUCGCCAUGCUUUGCGUCUGGCUUUACAUGUUCCUGUACUCGUGCGCCGGCUCCUGCGCCGCCGCGCCGGGGCUGCUGCUGCUGGGCUCGGGCUCCCGCGCCCCACACGCCCCGCCAGCCCCGGCCAUCGCUGCGGACGGGACGUCUCCCCGGCUGCCGCCGUUCCGGGCGCCGCCGGCCACUCCGGUGGCCGAGGAGGAGGAGCAGAGUCCCGAGGCGCCGGACUCUCCCAGCCCCAUCUCCAGCUUUUUGGGUGGGUCUGGGAGUAAGCAGUUGCCGCAGGCCAUCAUCAUCGGCGUGAAGAAGGGCGGCACGCGGGCGCUGCUGGAGUUCCUGCGCGUGCACCCGGACGUGCGCGCCGUGGGCGCCGAGCCCCACUUCUUCGAUCGCAGCUACGACAAGGGCCUCGCCUGGUACAGGGACCUGAUGCCCAGGACCCUGGAGGGACAGAUCACCAUGGAGAAGACACCCAGCUACUUUGUGACGCGCGAGGCGCCCGCGCGCAUCUCGGCCAUGUCCAGGGACACCAAGCUCAUCGUGGUGGUGCGCGACCCGGUGACCAGGGCCAUCUCGGACUACACGCAGACGCUGUCCAAGCGGCCCGACAUCCCCAGCUUCGAGAGCCUGACGUUCAAGAACAGGAGCGCCGGCCUCAUCGACACGUCGUGGAGCGCCAUCCAGAUCGGCAUCUACGCCAAGCACCUGGAGCACUGGCUGCGCCACUUCCCGCUGCGCCAGCUGCUCUUCGUGAGCGGGGAGCGGCUCAUCAGCGACCCGGCCGGCGAGCUGGGCCGCGUGCAGGACUUCCUGGGCCUCAAGCGCAUCAUCACGAACAAGCACUUCUACUUCAACAAGACCAAGGGCUUCCCCUGCCUCAAGAAGCCCGAGGGCAGCAGCAAGCCCCACUGCCUGGGCAAGACCAAGGGCCGGCCGCACCCCGAGAUCGCCGCCGAGGCGCUGCGCCGGCUGCGCGACUUCUACCGGCCCUUUAACCUCAAGUUCUACCAGAUGACUGGCCAUGACUUUGGCUGGGAUUGAAGGCCGACAAGGGGAAAGAGGGCUUUGUGUGACUCAACCACGUGGCUUAUGUAUUGGAGAGAGAUUAUAUAUGUAUGUAAAAUGUACAGAAAUCUAUUUUAUAAUAAUUUAUUUUUAAUUCAUAAGCAAUUAAUUCACUAAGCUGCCUAGCCACACUCUUGAAGAGAGUCCACUUCCUAGUCUGUUAACAUUCCAAAGCGUGUAACUCCGAUAAAGUCUGUCGUUCUAUCCCUCACAACAAUGGAUGGUGCUUCCGGUUCCCCUCCCCGACUCCCCCUUGUCUAGCAUAUUUAAAAAGAAGAAGAAAAAGCACAGCUUGAGAUUUUCGUUGUUACGGGUAUUCUGCCUUUGAUCGCUGUUGCAGUUCUCCAGUGGCUGGUCUGCUUGUCGGUGUCUGCUUCCUCUGCCUGGGUACCAUGUGUGAGCCCUUAGCUGCUGCUGUAUCCUGAGGGCCCUCCCUCACCACUCAGCUUCCUCGGGGAAGAGAUGCAAGCAAGCCACAGGGCUGAGGACCCCACCUCUACCCAGCACAGGCUGGAAGAUACUCGUUUUCCCACGGGCAUCCACAUGCUGGCAGCUUCUGGUGUUGCUGGGGGAUCCUGCAUCGCCCUGCCUCCUGCUGCCCUGCCUCCUGGGUCUACUCAUCAGGUGGUUGUGUCUGCAGAUGUCAGCCGUCACCCCCACCCCCUUUCUCCCGUUGUGUGUGUGUGUGUGUGUGUGUGUGUGUGUGAGUGAGUGAGAGAGAGAGAGGCUUGGGUGCUGCUUUAGCAAUAAAGACAUUCUCUGCUCAUUUGCAUGAAACCACGCUGCCCUCCUGUUCCUUUUUCCCCAGGCAGCCUGUUCUGCUUUGAAACACCAAAGAAUUGCCCAUGGGCUUGCAGAAGCCAUCAGCAUAAACCCAGGGCCCUGGGUGUAUCCAGACCCUGGGGUGGUCAGGUGCAUGUCACAGCCAUCAGUGUCUCCUAGAUAGGUGGCUGCUAAGUCCAGGGUGAGCCAGUGUUGAGCAAUAAUCCCCCAGGACAAGAGAAGGAGGACCCAAGUGUGACAGGUGAUCUGGCAAGGGAAGGGAGCCCCUUGGCAAUGCCUCCCGCCUCCCCAGAAUGUCCAGCUCAUCUCAGAAUGACAACAUGGUCUGCAGCUGAUGGGCAGACAGCCAGAGCCAAGGGCUGUCUCUUCGAAGACUUGUUGGACAGCUGGCUCUGUGUUGCCUUGUGGUGCUGGGGAAGGCUGUCCACUGUUGCAGCCAGGCCUUUGCAGAAAGGAGGGUUGCUGGCAUUGCUACUGCUAUGCACAAGGUCUACCCUGCACAUCUCCGCUGAGAGAGCAGUUUGAGAUUUCACUGGCUACCAGUUGGCAGUCAGGUUAUCAUAUUGCAGUAAUGCCUAACAAUCCAGUUCAUCUUUCAUGUGCUAAGAACGAACGUUUUUACCACAAAGACACUGUGUAACCUCUACUUUCAUCAGGAAAUAUACGUGUAGACCCAUGAACAUGUGUUAUAGAAAUCAUCAGGAUUUCAAUGUCUACAAAGGGUGCUUGCAUGUUGUGUGUGUCCCUGGCGUGGUAGCAUGUAGGGAAAGAGGAAAUGCAAUUUAUCUUUGGAAGCUGAUGAGCGAUGUCACUGGCCUUAAAUGCCAUUCUCCAUCAUCUGUCCUUUUACCUGCCGGCAAGUUGGAGCCCAGCAGCUCAUUUAGGCUGUGUCAGCAGAACUCUUGUAGAUUCUCUUUGGGAGGAAGGCCACUGGAAGCCCCGUGCAUUCCUCACAUGUCAGAUCUAUUUUAUAGCAUUUAUAUAUACAUAUUUUUUUUAUCAUUAUUACCAUUAUUAUUUUGCUGUCUCAGAUUCUUCCAUCUGCACUUAGGGGAGCACUGUCCACAUAGCUUGCGUCUGCCCUCUUGCUAGUUGGGUGUGAAAAGCACCUGCCCCACGAUGCUUGGGGGGGGGGGGGUUGGGAUUGUUUUUCCCCCUGUGCAUGUGGGAGGUUCAUUGGAAAUCAAACUGAAAACAUCUCAUCUCAGUGAGAGCGCAGGCUUGCCUGAAGGCAAAGGCAGUAUGUAGUCCCACCUGCAUGCUUUCUGGCCGCCACCCUGGUCGGACACAGCUCGAGAUUCUGAGCGGUGGCUCAGACUGCCACCAAGUAAUAGGAAGCCAUAGGAAACUUUGCUUCACUCCUGUCGGCUCAUGCCUGCCUCCUAAGCUCAACGAAGCUUGAUGAAGCAGUGUAUCCCCUGGCCUUAAAACCAAAAUCAGAAGUUUUCCCCUAGAACGAGGGUCCUCUACUGCUGAACACUGAGGUAGGUCAGGAUGCCAGACAGGUCAAGUUCUCAGAUGCAAACAUGCUGAGCGUUAGAACUGCUGACACACAGCAAGUUUGCCGUUCUAAGCGGUCUGGGGGCUUUGUAGCUCCUGACGGAUUCAGCCGGUGCAGCUUCUGGGAGAAGCCGACCCCCACCACCACUCCUCCAAGUCAUGUGAUCGUUAGUCCAGAACCCACGUGUCGUCUCCCCCCUGAGAAGUUAGGCAAGGUGGAGAACUAAGCCUGGGGUUGCUUCCUGUUCUACAAGUCUGGUCGGUGCGUGAACUUUUGAGCUGCUAGAAGAGAAGCGUUGUUUUGUGUUUUGGCAAUUAGUGCUAGUAGCCCAUGUUUCAGGUCCUCUCCCCCCCCACCCCCCACACACACAGUUUACAGGGAAUGCUCUGGCAUUCUGUGGAGUGCUGAUUCCGCCUCGCAUUGUCCCUUGUUCGGUUUCUUUUAAAAAGAUUAACAAACAACUGUUCCAUCAACUUCCUUCGACGUGUUUGUACAGGAGUCCGCUAACUUCGUAGGGGAGACCCAGAAAGGUAUGCUAGAUAAAGCGAUUGGAAUAAAUCCUAGAUCAGAUGGUGGAGGAGAACAAAUCUUAGAGGGUUUUCCCUUGGGGAGUCAUUUGGGGUGAUCAACAUUGCCGAGAUUUGGAUCUUGCUAGGGAUUAUUAUUAUUAUUAUUUUUUUCCAAUAAGAAAAGCUAAUGGAAGGUUCCAGUCAUGUAGAAGCACUUAAUACGGAUGGAUCUCAGAUGCUGACCCACGAGGCCAUGCCAUGGUUUUUCCAGCUCAUUGGGAAGGAUGUUCAUCACAGCAUAGAAGGUGUGGUUAGAUGCUCCCGCCCCCGUUUGUAACAUUAAUUUAUGACUGAGUUUCGUUCGGCCCCAUAAUAUAAAGUACUGUGCAAAUUCUAGCAGUAUGUCCUCUCUAACCCAGAUGUUAGAAUAGCCAGUAUGUACAAAAAAAAAAAUCAAGUAUUUUGUCCUAUGUAUAACAAAUUAAUUUUACACAGAGAAAGAUGUUUCUAGGAAAAUGGAAUUAUGGUAAUUCAUACUAUUUCUUUGUAUGAACAAAUAAAAUAUAUUUUACCAA